AUGUUCGUGAAUGUGGCUACUGGCCAGCGCUGUUCGUUCAGGGAGUUCGUUGAGCGUGUCCGCGAUGGCGCUACUGCACUUGGUGCUGAUGUGUCGCAAGGUAGCCCAAGUCUUCAUCCAGAGAAUGGAGAUCUGGUAGGCACUCAGAGCGAGAACUUCCCAGACUAUGUAGCCCUACUACAUUCCCUAUUGAUUAUCACCGUCCCAUUUGCACUGUUCUCAUCUUAUUCAACACUGUACGAGUUCAAACAUGCCAAUUCGCUCGCACAGGCGACUAGGAUCUUGCCAGUCCUUGUUACUGCAACUCGCUUUGACUUCGGGUCUCCUAGCAGAUCGGAUUUACAUAUUCCAGUGGAACAGGUCUCCUUGACUCCCCCUGCUAACCAUCAAUAUGGAACACCCCUGAUGGGCUGCAACUUCUUCAAACCCUCCAUGAUUGUCGUGCUUCCGAAAUGGGACAUAAAUGUAUUCUUUGACAGCGUUCCGAAUACUUCUGGUGCCCAUAUUAAGCUGGAAUACAAUUGCAAGCGGCAACGCGUACCUCUCACCCCCAGCUCGCCGACUAGGUUUGCGCUCCUUUCACAGACAUACCAAGAGUUACUGAAGCCCAUCCCUGGCAUGCUCGAUGGACGCGCCAAAAACAAGCCUGGCUCUACCGGAAUUCUCGUCCCCGGUGUCGAAGCCCGCGUUGUCCGUCCCUAUGCUAACGCAUUUCACUUCGCAGACUGGCAGGUCACAUAUCAAUCAGUGAUGCUGAAGCGCUCUGGUCCUUAUCGCGUGCGCAUCAUUGGCUGA